AAUUCUUCAAAAAUCAAAACCUCUCAGUCUAGUCCAAUUUCUCUCUCUCCGUUUCUCCGGCGAAUCUCCGUCGCCGUUCUCCGUUCACAGUCUGCUUUUAUCGCGAGUCUAAUCCACCAAAAUUGGGCUGAUAAGUAAUUGCUUUAGAUUCGAACACCGAACAAAACUUCCAAGUCACUGAGUUCAAUUUGAAAUUGCGGAUUCUCAUUCUACAACACACUCUACAGAAGAAGGACAAUGGCAUCUUUUCCUCAACCCGGUUCCGUCACCGUCUGCGAGAUCAACAGAGACUUGAUUACGGGUCAGAACUUGUCUGAUGAUCGAGCUCAAGAGACUUAUGGAAAACUUCUCGGAAUGGUGUUUAGCCCUGUUUCGUUCGACUCUACACCUAGCCCUCUGCAGGCAAAAGAGAAUGGAGAUAGAGAAGAAAGUGUUGUUAGAAAAGGACUUGUGGCUACUCUGCAAACCAUGGUUGCAGACUCUCUUAAACAGAUUUUACAACCCACCGAUGUAACUCUCCUCUCAGAGAUUGAUCUUCAAGGAGUGAGUUGGCAUCAGGGGAAGCAUAUUCUUGCCUUUAUAUCCGGUUCAAAUCAAGUUACAAUUCGUGAUUAUGAAGACAAAGAUGAGAAAGAACCUUGCAUUUUGACAAGUGAUUCCCAGAGAAGUGUUAAAGCCCUUGAGUGGAGACCAAAUGGUGGAAAAUCCCUAUCCGUAGCCUGUCGGGGAGGAAUAUGCAUAUGGGCUGCUUCCUAUCCAGGUAAUAUGGCAUUGGUUAGAUCCGGUGGUUCCGCGCUGAGGGGAAGUCUAUCUCGAGGAUCUGGAACUCGCUGGAUUUUGGUGGACUUUCUUCGGGGUCAUAAUGAUGAGCAAAUUAGUGCUCUCUCAUGGAGCCCCUGUGGAAGAUAUUUAGCAUCAGCCUCAUAUGACAGCUCAUCUUUCACCAUAUGGGAUGUUUCUCAAGGAGCGGGGACACCUAUUCGACGGGGACUAGGCGGCAUAUCAAUGCUCAAAUGGUCACCUACAGGAGACUACUUCUUUGCAGCAAGAUUUGAUGGGACGUUUUGCCUUUGGGAAACAAACACAUGGACAUCUGAGCCCUGGUCUUUGUCAACUGGAUCUGGAUCUGUCACGGGUGCAAUAUGGGAUCCUGAAGGACGGUUUAUCUUGAUUUCGUUUUCGAAAUCUUCAACACUGGGCUCAGUUCAUUUCUCAUCCAAGCCACCAUCCUUGGAUGCCCAUCUUUUACCGGUUGAAUUGCCAGAGAUUACUUCCCAGACUGGCUGUGAGGGAAUCAAAAAUAUAGCAUGGGAUGCAUCUGGGGAACGAUUGGCUGUAUCAUAUAAAGGAGGCGAUGACAAUUACAAAGGAUUGAUUGCCAUCUACGACACUCGAAGGACACCCAUUGUAUCAGCAUCACUAGUCGGUUUCAUCAGAGGACCUGGAGAAAACCCGAAUGCUCUCUCCUUUUCAUUCCAUGACAAGUUCAAGCAAGGUCCACUCCUUUCCGUGUGUUGGAGCACCGGAUUCUGUUGCACCUAUCCUCUCAUCUUUCGCUCACAUGUUCUUCCUUAGUAGCCAAAUGGUGCAAGUUUCCAAACAUUUUGGUUCUAUUGAUAGACUGGUUACUCUAUGUAGACGAAUGGCUUCUUUAAAGAACUCAUCUCGAAGUUAAAUCCAAAAACAAUGGUUGCAUUUGAAGUACA